UCUCAUUUCUUAUUCCAACUCUACUAUAUAAGGUGUUUAAUAAGAGUCUGGGAAACAUUUCUGGCAUUUAUAUUGAUCUUCUAGUGGCUCACCAUGUCUCUUCACAAUAUGCUGAGAGUGAUGAUGUUGCUUACAGCAAUAUCAUGCUGUAAUGCUAAAUCCAUCAGAGUUAGCCACACAAUUCAUAGUAGAGACAUUUAUGAAGUACCUGGAAUUGAGUACAUGUCUGACAGUGAACUGAGACCAAAGUCUAAGAUCAACUUCAUGUCUGACAGUGAACAACAAAGCUCUAACAUCAACUUCAUGUCUGACAGUGAACAACAAAGCUCUAACAUCAACUUCAUGUCUGACAGUGAACAACAAAGCUCUAGCAUCAACUUCAUGUCUGAAAGUGAACACUCUGGAAGUGGUGAUGUGUCUUCUUCUGAAAAGGAGGACGUAUCUGAAAUCAGUGAUUCGGAUGGAGUGUUGGAAAAUAACCAAGUCACUGCAAACUAUGACCCCAAUGGAUCGACUAACAAUGAUUACAUCCCUCAAGACUACGGCCAAUUUUACCAUGAUGACAACAAUGGUCAAAAUGAUUCUGAUGGCUCUGGAGCUGAACCACAAGAAGAAAACCAGUAACAUCAAGAGAUAUCAAAUAAAAGAAAGUUCUCCAAUAAAAAACAGGGUAAUCCUGCAGAUUUAAACAGCAUUUUAAAUAAAAAUGCCUUAAAGUAUGUAUCUAUGUAUGUCUGUGCAUUUAUAGAAUAUGUGCGUCAUAAAUGUGUCAACAUAAGGCUCAAUUGAUGUGCAGGAGGCUUAAAGGGAUGGGACACCCAAAAUUUGCAAUCUGCUGUUCUUAUAUUUACCCUCAAGCCAUAGGUGAUUUAAAAUACAAGUCAAUGGCUUCCAGCAGUUUUGAGAGACAAAAAUAAAACAUAUACAGUACAUCUCCA